AUGGCUACAGGCAGCGCCGGUAGCAAGGUGAUGAGGGAGGAGCUGGCCGCCUUCUGUACAUUCUGCUGGUCCAGGGACUCCUUGAGACAGCUGAGAAGCUGCAGCAUGUGGCAGGCAGUCCAAUUUCAAGUUGUAUUCUGGACAGAGGCCCGUCUCUUGCCGCUCUUCUGUCUGGCUCUGACAUUCUCAACUUAUUGCGCUGCCUUCUUAGCUGGCUUCUCCUGCGGCUCAACCUUGACAUAUUUUCUGUGCUCACCGUUCCUCGUCGUGACAUCGCAGGCAGUAGCCGCCGUGAGGGAGUGGUGGCACGAUUUCAGCAAGGAUUCUGCGCGCUGGCGUCUUCUUCUGCGCAGUGGAUGGCGUACUUUUCGGGACAGCUUCACCGAGGAGAUGACAACAGCCAGUCCGGACAGGCUCUGCCUGUGCGUUGGCAUCUCUCAGUAUGCAAGUGGUUAUGCUCCUUUGGAAAGAGCGGUGGCCGAUGCGAGAGCCGUUGCACGAGCCUUUGGUUCCCUUGGAUACACUUCUCACGUUGUAGAAAACGCGAGACAUACGCAGGAUCUGGAACAACAAAUCGACAACUUCCUGGCGACCGUUGCGGCCCAGACACAUGCCCAGAGGGGUCGAGAUGGCCAGACAAUGGUUGUUGUGAUUUAUUUUGCUGGCCACGGGCUUGAGUUUGACCAAGGGGGUCUGCACUUAUGCAUGUCCUGUGCCGGACACCCAAGCUGCGCUGGCCUCGGAUUCAUGCAAGGAUCCAAGCUUGUCCACGAGCUUGUCAUGAAGCUCUUGAAUACAGCAGGCCCAUCUCAGAAGCUGGCGUGCGUUGCGUUUUGGGACUGCUGCAGGAUUCGCAGCCAAGUGCACCGCGGGGAAGUCUACUCCGCAAAAAGAGAGCUGGGCACCAAGAAGCAUCAGCAUGCGGAGAUAAAGGCUUGCUUGCUUGGCCGAACUGCGCAGGAUGGAUCGUUUGCUGACGCUUUGACAAACUACAUCACGAAGAACGAACCAUACUCGGUCCAAGAGCUUUACGAGCACGUGGGGGCAACCGUGAUGAGCAAGACCUACAACCGGCAGAUGUGUGAGCUUGUUUGUGAGUCGACGGAGCUAUCCCAGCGUCUCGACCUCUUCGUCACACCAACCAAGUGGGCGGAGCACUGCGCGAAGCUUGAAGCCCUGAAGUCAGCGGAGCUGGAACGAGAUGGUGAGCACAGCUCCCAAAGAGAGAAGGAGGACGCAGAGAGCGCAUUGUUGACAGAGAACUUGGAGUACCGAGCCGAGGCCCAAAGGUUGCAGGACGAGAGGGCGCAAAUGCAGCAGAUGGCGGCAUGCCUUUCUUGUAGUGGGCAGGAUGCCACCGUGCAGCUUGCCGGCUCGAGUUUGAUGUGGCGGGUGACGAGGGUCUUUCUUCAGCUCUGCUGCAUGUGCGGGGCCUUGUGGAGCAUGACGCGGUCGUCCCUUGUGGAAGAUGGAGCCGCGCAGCAGUUGGAGGAGGAAUUUCAAAAGCUCCAAGCCGAGGAAGAAGUUGCCAAAAUGGGUUUUUCUGCCUUAGUCGGGCUGCUGUUUUGUGCGACCACCGCGUUGACAGUAUGCUCUUUGAACCUGCGUUCUCAGAAAAGAAAGCUGGAAGUCGAGACUCACGAGUUGUCCCAAAAUCUGCAUCAAGCAGCCACUGAAAAUCAACAGCUCGUGCAAGAACUGGCUCGGCACAGGUCAUUGCCUCAGCAGUUGCCAACUCUUCUACGGAACAUGGUGGGUCAGACGCUGCAGUGGGACAAGGUGGAGACACACCUACGCCACAGCCAGCAGGAGCUCCAGGCGGCUCAAAGGGAGGCGCGGCGGGAGCGGGAGAGGAGAGAAGGCGUGGAGCAUGAGCUCCAGAUCUUGAAAGACGAACAUCGACGAGACAUCGACCACCGUCGGGCUUCUGUGUUUCAAUGCCAGCCAGGCGAUGAACAUGAAAGGCUUGGUGGUGGCACCUGGACUCAUUGCUGCUUGUGUGGGCAGAAGGGUAUCGGAACUGGCACCUACUGGAGGUCAAUACAGAAUGGAGCCUGUUCAUUCUGCACUCUGUGCAUACAGGGCAGAUAG